AUGAUUCUUUCCCUGCCCUUCCUUGUCGCCGCAUCCGCAGCGCUCCUAUCCCCGGGACUGGCUGCUGGAUUUUCAACUGAGCUUCAGAGUGGGGAUAAUGCCUGUCUCUCCAAGGGCUGUGUUUCAACAGAAGCUGAUGUAUGGCUUUAUAACGGUACACUUUAUGUCGGGCACGAUGAAUCCUCCUUGACUGAGGAGCGAACCUUUGAGUCCCUCUAUGUCAAUCCAAUGCUAGAUGUGCUGAAACGCCAAAACCCCCAAACUCGUUUUGUGACUUCACCCACCAAAAACGGCGUCUUUGACACUACUAUUUCGCAAACCCUUUACUUUUUUGUCGAUGUAAAAACGUCAGGACCUGAAACAUUCGAAGCUGUUAUCUCUGCAUUAGAGCCACUCCGCAAAGAGGGCUAUCUAACCACACUGAAAGACAACAAGACGAUGACUAGUGGUCCCAUAACUAUCAUCGGAACAGGCAAUACGCCUUUUGAUAUGGUUGGACCGGUUGCUAAUCGCGACUACUUCUUCGAUGCUCACCUAGAUGCGCUAGAGGAAAGUCCUGAGAUCACGUCCAUAAUCUCUCCUAUUGCAUCAACUAGCUUCCAAGAGGCUGUGGGCUCAGUCACAUAUAGGGAGGAUGAUGCUGUUCUGAGCGACAAGCAGCUGGCUACUCUGCGAUCCCAGAUUAGUACUGCAAAGGAGAGGGGGAUUGGUGCUAGAUAUUGGGAGACUCCUUAUUAUCCGAUCCGAACUCGUAAUGCCGUAUGGCGGACGCUUCUCCAGGAAGGUGUGGCUUUGUUGAAUGCUGAUGACCUGGAUGCUGUUGCGGCUUACUUCUAA